GGUUUUCGCUUGCUCAUCUUUCGUGCGGGUCCUCCGUCGUUUUCCGUCUACCAACGUUCAAUAAUCCGCAUCACUUAGCUCCCAGCUGGUUGAAAUUGUUGCAAGUUUUCUAGUGAAAUUAGGAUUGGAUUUGUGUGUUUAACGAUUGCUACAUUGUUCUAAAGUCCUGAGGUCAACUUCCGGUUUAAAGGGAAAACAGUUCAACAUGGAUCAAAAUAUGGAUAUCAACGCGUUUGAGGGUCGCAUCGUUAAGAUGGAAGUGGAUUAUAGUGCCACUUGCGAUGAAAAAAUUCCGCUCUGCAAGGAAAUGGCUAAGAACAAAAACAAAUUCAACGAGGCACUGGAAAUUUUGCUGUCACUGGAGAAACAAACCCGUAUCGGGGCCGAUUUCGUUUCCAGCUCCCGGGUUCUGAUUGCGAUUGUUCAGAUAUGCUACGAGGCAGGAAAUUGGAAUUAUCUAAAUGAGUACAUCACGAUUCUGGUCAAGCGACGAUCCCAAUCGAAACAGGCCGUGGCCAAGAUGGUCCAGGAAUGUUGUACCUACGUGGACAAAACCCCGGACAAGGAAACGAAGCUGAAGCUUAUCGAUACCCUUAGAACGGUUACCGAAGGUAAAAUUUACGUCGAAGUCGAGCGGGCUCGUUUGACCAAAAUCUUGGCUGACAUUAAGGAAGCCGAUGGGGAUGUUACCGGGGCGGCCACCAUCAUGGAAGAGCUGCAGGUGGAAACGUACGGUUCCAUGGAUAAACGGGAAAAGGUUGAGCUGAUCCUGGAACAGAUGCGGCUCUGUUUGUCUAAGCAGGACUUCGUCCGAACUCAGAUUAUCGCCAAGAAGAUUAACAUCAAAUUCUUCAACGAUCAGGAACAGCAGGACCUGAAGCUGAAAUACUACGAUUUAAUGAUCCGCUUGGACAAAGAUUCGUCUUUCAUUAAAACGUCCCGGCAUUACUUGGCUGUGGUGGAUUCGGAACUGAUAACUAAGGAACCGGAACGGCAGCAAAAGAUGAUGAUCUAUGCGGUGCUGUACUGCAUUCUAUCGCCGUACGACAAUGAACAGGUCGAUAUGAUGCACAAUCUUUCCAAAAACAAACUGCUGGAAGAACUUCCGGUUUACAAGGAACUCCUUCGACUGUUCAUGUGCAAGGAGCUGAUCAACUUCGACGCCCUGUGUACCGUAUACGGAGCUGAACUGAAUACCUUCGACAUCUUCAACCAGGAAACGAGCCACGGUAAGAAGUGCUGGGCCGAGCUGAAGAAUCGGUUGAUCGAGCACAACGUUCGAAUCAUCAGCAACUACUAUACCCGCAUCAAUCUGAAACGGAUGGCCGAGCUGCUGGACCUGAGUGAGGCCGAAUGCGAAGACUACCUGUCGCGGAUGGUCAAUGCUGGAACGUUAAAGGUGAAAACCGAUCGACCGGCCGGUGUUAUUCACUUCUCGCAGAAAAAGGCUUCGUCGGAGAUUCUCAAUGAUUGGGCCUUUGGGUUGAAUGAAUUGAUGAAUCUGGUUAACAAGACCUGCCAUCUUAUUAACAAGGAGGAAUGCAUUAAUAAUGUUAUGCCGGUGGGAGGAACAGCGACUGUUCAAUCUUAAGUCCAGCAAACAAUCGAUUCUAACAGUUUCACUGCGUAGGUUUAGUUGAGAUGGAUUGCCGGCCCUAUAUUUACAGAAUAAAAUUAAACUCAUGAUUGAUCCC